AAAAAUAAAAUAAAAAAGCUAAGAAAGGGGAGAAAGUAAGGGUCUUUAUCGUCUCAUCGUGCAUCAAUAGAUUUACAACCCUUGAUUUCCAUUGGAUGUAAAUCGAUAAGUAAACCCCCUCAAUUGCCAUUUCAUCACUUCCAGUACUUGACCUUACCUAAAGGUACCUGUGAUAUAGGUAUGUUAGGACUAAUGUUAGGUGCCUAACUCGACCCUAAUGACGUUGGUGGAACCUGCUGCAACCUCGUAAAAGGGAAAGCCCAACCUCCCAAGGGAGCCGCCCAAUUGUGAUCUAUUUCUAGACGCAAAACUUACCUAAAGGUACCUAAUCACAUACCUUACCUAACCUUAUCAUCGCCUGACCGACACAACUCACAACUCACAACUCUACCACUCUCGUCAUCUCUUACACAAUCUUUCCAACCGUUCUCCCACAUACACCAAUUCCACGGGGUCAUCUUUUUGCAAUGUUAAAAACAUGUGCUAAAAACAUGUGGCGCAGAUAAUUCGUGGAGCAUUAGUUCAUAAGACCGGGCUUAGCUUCUCUUUGUAUCAUGUCGUCCGCCUCGAGGCAUUCCUAUCAGCGGCUCGACCGCCGCAUAGACAGCAUAAAGAAUAGCGAGAGACGGAGUCGUGCUGAGUCUUUAACCAGGCAAUUAGCUGUGAGCCAUGACGAUGCCUACACCUACGCCCUUCGCGUUGCCUACCUCCAUUAUCUCCUCCAACCCAAAACCAAACGAAAACAAUGGGUUCCCGCACCGAAGGCACCCACGCGGAUUCACACGUCCAAUAUUGCCGAUUUAGUCAAGGAAUUUGUUCCAGGGAACUCCAGCGGUGUCAAACUUCCCCACGGAUUUCGAAGUCCGUUGGAGAAGAGGAUGGAGCGUGUUAUAAUGGGUGCUGAAAAAUUACCUGGUUUUAACGAUGCUGCUGUCAAAAAGACGUUUGCGCAGGCCUACACGGCUUUUACCGAACAGGCUUUUCGGAAGAAUGUUGACAAGGAGCGCAAGGUCGAGCCGCUGGUCUUGAUUUUCUACUCAGCUGCUACCAAGGCGUGCAGUCUUGGCCACGAGCCGGCCGAUGACUCCUGGAAGCUACUUGUUGAUAGGCAUCUCGCGCUUUUCGUGAGGCUUCUAUUUAAUAUUCUGCGCGAUCAAGGGCACGAGCGCGAUAAAUCGGAACUCAUGAACAGGUUAAACACGCUUGAAAAAAAGCUGUUGACCAACGACCAGAAUCUAUUCAUUGACACGGGUCAGAAUUCCGGAAAUACGAUUGAAGUGGUAGUUCCGCUUAGCUACGAUGUUAAGGAUAUGCCUAUGGUCCAGUCCGUUGCUAAAAUAUUUGGUCUCUCCCAUUCCGAUGUCCAAGGUCACAUUGAUGCCCAGCGACAGAACUGGACAGAAGAAGCUGCCCUUAGAGAUCUCAAAGCAUACCAGCAUCGCUUAAACUCUAACAUGAGCGGUGCCCUAGGGAGCCGGGAUUUCAACAGCGAUGAGGCGUAUCAAGAGUGGAAAAAAGCAGAAGCGCCUUUCCUCUCGCAGAUGAUGCUAGAAAUAUUGACAGCUCGCCCAGAGCUAGCUCGAAGGUCUACUGCUAUCAUAAGUCCUAUUGAUAAGCCAUUGCCUGGAAGCCCCUCCACAGCAUAUCCAGAAGACAGGUCAUGCCCAGAACUAGGUAUAGCGAAUAGGACAUCCAUGUACAGUAUGGACAACAUACUUAACCUUGGAUCCCUGUCGCUUGACGACACUGGCAGUAUCAGGGCUGUUGACGACGCAAAUUACACUUUCAUCCCUCCUGAGCCUCGCGAAUUCUUAAAGACCAUUGCAAAAUAUGCUCUUGAGUUUGAUGCUAUGCACGAUGGAGAGACUGAGGAAUCUAGUUUAUUCUCGAAGCAUUCGUUAGAACUCCUUACUGAGCUGUGUGUCCGCUGGCGAAUUCUUCAGGUUACCCGCCUGGUCGUCUUCCUAGAAGUAGCAGCCCGCAGGUUCACCGAUACUAUGUUCACCGUAAUUGAUUUGGAUAAUGCUUUUGAUUUGGUGAAAAUUCCACCUCCAGAAGUCAAAAAGCCUCCCCAUAUAUAUCUCUAUAAUGAGACUCUGGCAACUAUGGAGCGAAGCAAAUGGACUGUUGCGGAUUAUAAUGUGUAUCAGCAGACACUUCAAACCGUUAAUGAUGCUCUCCUUCGCGACCUCUACGAUACUUUAAUGCAUUGCUACGAGCCAAAACCCCCAUCGGUUGGACCAGCACUACAUGUGCUAACAAACCACAUUUUUAAUGACCCUAGUUUUACGCAGAAAGAAGAAGACGCACAGGAGUUCGCUCGGCUAUUGGAGACAGGCUUGCAAGAACAGGCCGCGGUCGUCUAUCGCGGAUUUCUCGAUGCCGAGGUUCCCCGAAGCCAACAGGACUGGAACUUUAGCCAUGUAGUCGAGCUUGGCAAAUCAGUCGUGAAGCUUUGCGAAAGGAUCCAGAAACGUUACAAGAAGAACCCGGAGAUCCUUGGUGUGAACCCGUUAACCGUGCUUGUGGAGACAAUGUUUCCAAAUUUUGAAGACGAUGCCCACGAUUUGAUAAGGAGAAUCAUACAAGUCGCGCAAGACCGGGGAGAAGAACUUCCGUUAGAAGAUGGUUUUGAUUUAUACAAGGAACUCGUAGAGAUUCGACGCAUUCAUAGGUCCUCUCUCCCUAGUCGAGCUUUUACUUUCGACGUUGAAGAGUUACUGGUCGAAUUUGUUUGGCGUUGGAUCCAAAAUGCAGAAUCCCGAGCAGAACAGUUUGUCGAGGAGGCCAUCAAGCAAGAUCCAUUCCAAGUACGAGGCCACGGACCUGAUCAUAUUUCAUUGGACUCUGAACGUCACAGCCACUCUAUAAUUGAUAUGUUUCAGCUAUUUAACCAGACAGCCGACCAGGUCUUCAAAUUGGAGUGGGAUAAUGAUGUCCAUCAUGCUCGAUUCAUGACUGCACUAUCAAAGAUAUUUGCCAACAGCAUUGCUCGGUACUGCGAGAUUGUAGACCAGAGGUUUAUAAAGGAAAUGGACACGCCGAGACAAACCGAAAAAGAAGCGGCGGCGGCAGCUCAGACGACACAAGGAAGGUUCAUGCAAUACGCUAAGGACGCCUGGAAUACGAAAGAAAAGGUCGAACCGUUUCAGUUUUACCCAGAGUCUUUAGUGAAACUUAACAAUAUCGAAUGGGCCAUGCAAGAGUUGGAUAAGCUCGAAAAGACCAUGAAUGUGGAUGCAUGUGCCGACAUUCUUGCAAGGGUUGAUGGGCCUAAGAAACAGGUUAGAAGGCCAGCGAAGUAUGUCUUCACAAUUAAGAUUGUAGAAGCCGAGGAAAUCAAGGCGUGUGAUCCGAACGGGACAAGCGACCCUUAUGUGGUACUUGUGGACGAGUACCAGAAGCGUUUGCACAAAACGAGAAUUGUUAUGAGAUCCCUUAAUCCCCGUUGGGAUGAGUCGGUUGACGUGACGGUCUCCGGCCCUCUUAAUGUAGUGGCUACGAUCUGGGAUUACGAUACCUUCGGCGACCACGACUUUGUAGGUAGAACUUCGCUGAAACUUGAUCCGAUACAUUUCAGCGACUACCUCCCAAGAGAAUUCUGGCUUGACCUUGACACUCAAGGAAGAAUUCUUUUAAGGAUCAGCAUGGAGGGGGAACGAGACGAUAUCCAAUUUUACUUUGGCAAAGCGUUCCGACACCUGAAAAGGACGGAGCGUGAUAUGGUUCGCAAAAUUACAGACAAGCUCACACGGCAUAUCAACGCAUCGCUCUCUUACGAGGCCUUGCGAAACCUCCUCGGGCGCAACCUCGCUUCGCAAGUCAAUUCAUUCUUCAAGCGGGCGUCUACUAUCCCGCAAAUCACCAAUACUGAAAUCGAAAAUGCAUUGCAGUCUCUUUUUACGUACUUUAAUGAAAAUUUCGCUACCAUGAAAGAGACGCUAACGGAGGCAACGAUGGUUGCGGUUAUGACCCGGUUGUGGAAAGAAGUCCUGAUGGCCAUUGAGGCCCUCCUUGUUCCGCCACUUUCAGACAAGCCGUCUAAUCAACGGCCGCUAACUCAGCGCGAGCUUGACGUUGUCUAUAAGUGGCUAGAACUCCUAUUCGAUUUCUUCAAUGCGCGAGACGAGGAUGGUGAAGUCCUCGGUGUCCCCGCUGAAGUCCUUAGAUCGCCUAAGUAUCACGAGCUCGCCUCACUCAACUUCUUCUAUUUCGAUUCUACUGAAAACCUGAUUCGCACGUCGGAGCGUAUGGCCGCGGCUACCGCACAACGCCAGCAGCAGCAGCUUCAAGGACAGAUGAGUUCUAAUCGCCUCUCCGCACCCGCAUCGUUAGGCCCUUCGCUCAGCCCUUCCCAUAGCGGCCCGGCUUUCGCAAGCAUGGGGACGAUCCGCAGGGGCAAGAGCAUCAUGAUGAGUCGUAACCUUGGUACGAUGCGCCGGGCCAAAGAGGAAAGGCGAAAGGAGGCCCAAGCCGAUCCAUCCGAUGACAUGAUCCUCCGAAUAUUGCGCAUGCGACCCGAGGCAGCUGGUUACCUUAAGGAGAGACAUCGUCAAAAGGAACGAAUGGCUGCCGCCGCCGCUGCUGCGAUGAUAGUAAAACAGAGCGUAUCCCAAGGCUGGAACUCGGCUGGAGGCGGCUUCGGCCGAGGUGGUGUUCCGCGACGUUAAACUUACGUUCUACAGAAUCAGGUCGAAUCACACGUUGAGCAAAGUUGUGUGGGGUUGAUAGAGCUUGGUUUUUUUAUCCAAGGGACGUCAGCGGUAGGACAAAGAGGGCCGGGAUGAUGGAAGUUGGACUACUGACGUAUCCGGGGUCCAGCGAGCUUAUUUCUUUCCCAAAUGUCUCUUGUCAACUCGCAGGGUGUAUAACCCUUCGAUUUCGAUUCGAAUUACGUCUAGAUAGUAUUUUCGUUCUUUGUCUUUUUUUAUUUAUUUAAACAUAUGCGCGCGGGAAGUGGCAGGCGUUAUUAGGCAACAAAGUUCAGCGG